UUGUAGGUAUGAUGGGUACUUGUAUACAUCUACCAUGUAUGUACACAAUUAAAUCCUAGACCAAAUAGAAGUUGGUAGGCGACUAAGGAAAGGCAUUAAUAAAGCGGAAAAGACGAAAAAGAAGUGUGCAUGUGGUCUGCUGUUUAUGUGGUUGUGUGGUGUGGUAAUCAUGGGUGGUGGAUUCGAUUCAAUCAAUUGUUAUUUUUCUUGGGAUUUUCUUCCCUCUUUUCCCUCCUCUUCCUCUUCUCUUUGGCUUCCACCUUUUUCUAUUAUUUUCCCCCCUCCCCCAUUUCAUUUGCCCCCCAUCUUCUUAUUUCUUCCCCCGUCCUUUUUUAUCUGGGUAGAAUCCACAAGAGUGCAUUGGAAAGAUACAUAGUACAUACGCUACAACGCACGCGCUGCACGUCAAGUGGUGGAUACCCCUGUAUUUAUGACUAGCCAGUCGGCCGAAAUGAAUCACAAAGAAAAUAAUGUUGGGAUUCGUUUCUGACUUGUAA